AUGGGUGAUAUUUUAUCUGGAGAGGAUUCUAAGCAGAAAAGGGAAGAACAGAUUGAAGCAGUGCAGGAAGUUCUGAAGAGAGGAGGUUUUUCUUUAAAAUUUAUCGUAAGGAGCGGAGAAAAACCAUCUGAGAAAGCAAGCACGGAUGGAGAAACCAUGAAACUACUAGGAUAUAAGUGGGACCCGGAGAAGGAUGAACUGUCACCAGGGAUCGGAGAACUGAAUUUGAACAAGAAACUCAGAGGAGAACGUAAACCAAACCUAGAACCAGUCAAGACCAGAUUAGAUGCAGAGAAGGUACUGAGUGGAGUCAAAUUAACCAGGAGCCUGAUAGUUGGAAAAAUAUCAGAGUUAUUUGAUCCGUGUGGUUUUUUUGAGCCAAUAAAACUUCAAAUGAAGCUGCAAACAAGUUCAUUGAAAGGGAAGGAAUGGGAUGAGGUUCUCCCAGCUGAAGACCAAGAGAAAUGGAGAGAGAUUCUCAAGAGUUAUGUCAACCUGCCUGAGAUAAUUAUACCAAGGUUCUGCCUACCAGGUGAAAAAGAGGAGAAAUCAAAAAUUCGACUGAUUUGUUUAGCAGAUGCAGCGGAAUUUGCAGGGGGGGCGGCUGUGUAUGCCGGGGUGGAAACCAGCCCAGGCAUGUGGUCGUGUUCUCUCCUAGCCGCUAAAUCAAAGCUGAUGAAGGAAACCAUCCCCAGGAACGAGUUAUCAGCGAUACUACUGUGCGCAGAAUUGGCUUUCAUGGUUAAAUCUUCCUUGGGAUCAGAGGUAGGAGAGGUGAUUUACUUGACUGAUUCAACAAUUGCUCUGAGUUGGUGUAGUAGCGAAACCAUCAAGUUGAGGUUAUUUGUGUACAACAGAGUCAUGACAAUCUUACGAUUGUUAGAAUGGACUACCGGAACAACGGAAGAAGUUUUAUUUCAUAUAGAUGGGUCUCAGAAUUUGGUGGAUUUACUGACAAAGGAGCACGAUAUAGGGAUAGGAACAGUGUCUAGACAAACCUAG